GGGAGGGGGUGGAUUUUAUAGUAGUGUGAUGUACUGUGUUUAAACACCAGGGUACAGGGUAUUGAAUAUCUAAAAGGAUAGGUUAACAGGAGUUCUUGAAUGUAGCACAGAUAUGGGCGAGGCUGAAAUAUCCAAGUCAGUCUUGCAUUCAGUUCUGCUCAGUCAAGUCCCUAAGACACAGUGCCUUACAGACACUCCCUACGGUAUGAACACUAUUUUGUUCAUCGGCCAAGUCUUUGGCCUUGUCCCUCUCUUUGCGGUCCUGAUUUUUGUGCUCACCAAGUUGGUUUCCCUUCACCGCUGCAGCCGAGGGAUAGACGGCUGUGGCUAUGCUGUGCUGAUCACAGGCUGUGACAGUGGCUUUGGACACCAGCUGGCUCAACGAUUGGAAGGCAAGGGGUUUAUGGUCUUUGCAGGGUGUCUGUUUCCAGAAGGAGCCGGUGCCCAGAGUCUGGCCCAAAACAGUUCUGGUAAUCUGAAAAUCCUCAGAAUGGAUGUCACCAGUGAUGAAGAUGUGCAACAGGCAAAGAAGAUAGUUCAGGAAAACCUGCCGAAGAAAGGUUUGUGGGCUGUUGUGAACAAUGCUGGGAUUUCAGACUGGGCUGAGAUUGAAUGGAACACUAUCGAAAAUUUCCAAAAAAUGCUUGACAUUAAUCUGUUUGGCAGCCUGAGGACCUCGGUUGCAUUUAUACCUUUAGUUCGAGCCGCUAGAGGUCGGAUGGUUUUCAUGUCGAGCAUCUUUGCUUUUUUCAAUUGUCUAAACAUGGCAGCAUACAGUGUAUCAAAAAGAGGAUUGGAGGCAUUUGCAGAUUGCUUAAGGGUUGAAAUGGCCAGUUUUGGUGUGAAGGUCAGUAUUAUCCAGCCGGGUAAUUUCAGCCAAGCCACCAACAUUGUGAAAAAAAAAGGUGGUUUAGAUAUUUGGAAGAACCUUGAUGAUGAGCGUAGGAGGGUCUUUAACCGUCAGUACAUAGAGCUAGCCAGUCAGUACUACAUCGACACUUGUAAGAAGGGAUUCAAGGAUGCCGACAUGGUCAUUAACGCAAUGCUACAUGCAAUCACAUCAGCUCACCCAAAUUACAGGUAUCUGCUGGCGUCUGCAAUGGAUAAAUUCUUCCUUCAGCUCUUUCCUUACCUGCCCACUGUCCUCUCCGAUGCUGUGUUUUCUCUAAGCUCCAUGUACACUAAGAGAAAAGAAAUGCUUUACAAUAAGUAGGAAAGAGUCACCAAGUUGACGGAAAAAGGAGGCCCCUUGGCAAAAAAUGUAUACUAAAAGUUUAUUUGAUCAAGUAUACUGAAGUAUAUUUCUAAAGUAUACUUUGCAGGGUAAGUACACUUACAGUAUGUAAAUCUACUUCUAGUAUCGUUAGGAGUUUACUCUUUUACUCAACUACUGUAUGCUGAAUAACUAAAGUUUAUUGUAGUAUACUUUUGAUAACCUUUGUCAACUUAUAUGUAUGUAUUAUUAGUACACUUAGCGCAUACAUGCACAUACUAAUUAUGUACAUCUAGGCUACUAACUAUGCUUAACAACUAACCUGUUAAUGUCCCUUAUACAGGCUAUUAGUACACCUGUAGUUUAUUGUAGUAUACUUUUGAGUAUUUGAAUUUUUUGGGUAUGGGAAGUCGAUUGUAUUCUCACGGAAGAAAGUAUGUCCCAACACAAUUAGCCAGAAAAUAUAUAAUGUGGAGGGAAUUGCCAGAAAAUCCAGAACGAGUACAAUCUCAAGAGUUCAGUUAUUUAUAAAAGAAUUUAAUUUUAACAAGCAAAAUACAGACAAAUGUGACAGUAAAUGAAAACAAGGUUUUUUUGGCAUUGUCCAGUGCAAGAAAAUACAGUAUCAGAAGUUUGUAUAGGUCUACCAUAUCCAAGCUGUGUGGAAAUCUCAGUAACAGCUUCUGGUCUUUUUCAGAUGAUGGAGCUGUAUAUCACAGUGAUAAUAAUGACAAACUAAAGAAAAGACACAACAGUGUUGGGUACUUAAAAGAUGGUUCACUGGGUUUAAUCAAUAAUUUUCUUGGCUUUUAACUGAAAUGUGCACAUCAUAUAUCUGAUCACUGCACAUGUAGCACGCAAUGCAUUUACCCUGUAUUCCUGCCUUAUACAUUCAGUUAACUUAUUCACCUAACAUAUUUAGACUUUUAAGUAUACUUGUCAGUUUAGGUCAAGUAUACUUGGGUAUAAUUACAAAUCUAGACGAAAAACCCUUUUUUAUACUUGUUAGUAAAACCAAAGUAUACUUGAUCACUUAAAUAUACGUUUGGUAUAUCUUAGUAUGUAUGUGCAUAAGAGUGAAGAAUACCUUUUCCUUUUUAGUUUAAACAAGUAUACAAAACGUGUAAUUGUAUGUACUACUUUUUGCAAGGGGCUGCAUGAGAAUCAGCAUAUGUACUAUGUUCCUCACCCUACACUAUCUUGCUGUUAAAUAAAAUGUUCUUGAACGUU